GGGCGGAGCGGUUCGUUUCAGGCAGGCGCUGGCUGGGCAGUGAUGGCGGACGAUGGGGAUGGGAGGCUAAGGACUGAGCAAGGAGGCGGCGGCGGCGCCAGUCCGGAGGAGACGGAGGCCGCCGCGGCCGGCAGUUGGCUGGGGGGCAGCCUGCUGUUAAACCUGACGCUGUUGGCGCUGAUGGUGUUGGCGGCCUAUCAACUCUACAGGCGCUGGGGCAAGCGGAGUGGAGCGGGGGGCGCGGCGCAGCAGAGCCAGGCCUCUGCCUUGCCCCGUAUGAAGCGGGGGGACUUCACGCUGGAGCAGCUGCGCGAGUACGACGGCGCGCGCACGCCGCGCAUCCUCCUGGCCGUCAACGGCAAAGUCUUCGACGUGACCAAAGGCAGCAAGUUCUACGGGCCCGAGGGUCCUUAUGGAAUAUUUGCUGGCAGAGAUGCCUCAAGGGGCCUAGCAACUUUCCGUCUAGAUAAAGAUGCACUCAGAGACGAAUAUGACGACCUAUCUGAUUUAAAUGCUGUACAGAUGGAGAGUGUGAGAGAGUGGGAAAUGCAAUUCAAAGAAAAAUAUGACUAUGUUGGUAGACUCCUAAAACCAGGAGAAGAACCAUCAGAAUAUACGGAUGAAGAAGAUACCAAGGAUCACACUAAACAGGAUUAAACUUUGUAAAUCACCAAAGUCACGGGCCUUCAGAACUGCGAUUUUAUCUCCCAUCACAGAAUGUCCCAUCUUCAGGCACAGUUCAUCUGCUGCACAGAACAACUCAACAGGUUUUGCACAAGAACAUCAUCAUCCUCUCUCAAUGAAGAUUUGAUUAGGCAUUCUUUGUGCUGCCCAACCCUUUUUGUUGCUGUUUAACUAAUCUGGAAAGGCUUCAUUAAUGAAGAGGGGCCAGGGAUUUAAAUGGAAACACUGCUCCUUUUAGCCUGUUGAAGCCUUAGAACAGUUCAUUAUUUACAAACAUCUAUGUUUCAUGUCAUUUCUACUCCUUCGGCACUAGAAUGGAAAGCCUCACUGUUUCAAGGAAUUCUAGUAAAUUUGGCAUCUGAAGCACUACAAAAAAUGGGAAUAUUCAAACUAGUUUGUGGGGCAUUGGUUUCUGUGCCUGAAAACUAUUUAGGAGCUCCACAGAUUACAGGGUUCAAUAUAUUCCCCUGAAAGAGAGAAAAAGUUAACUUCUCUGAAGAAGUGAUCAUUUGAAGCUUGUCUUCUAUGCUUUUCCUUUCCCCUCAAUCAAAUCAGAAUUAUUGUGCCUUAUUUCACUUAAGACUUGAAUUGUUUUAAGGGAAAGCCCCAGAUGUGACAUGAGUCACUAAAAGCAGCAUUGAGGACUGAAGUUAAAACGGUUGGUUGGUUGACUGAAAAACAUUGUCAUUCUGUAUAUAAAAUGUAAAGAAAUACUCAGUAUGACUGCCAUAUAUAUAUAUAUGUUAAUAUAAUUAGCGUUAUAAUAGCCAAAUGCAUUUUCCCAUUUGCUUUUUAAAUAAACCCACCCUUUUCUUUCUCCAGGGAGCUCCUUAAAUUUGGAGCCUUCACCCAUAUCUUAGAAGUGAGAUGUGUGCAUGGGUUUUGGGUAUGUUUAUGGAUGCUUGAGUGCAAGAAUUGGAAAGGAUGGUUCCUGCAGAUAUUGUAAAUAUGAAUACCAUUUUAAUAAAGCAUGUAAAAUACCAAAUGUGCUGUCAGACUUUAUGUAGAAGUCGUUAAGCUCUCAUAGUGGUAGCCAGGUCUCUUAAGUAUAUGGAAAAAAGGAAGAAAUCUUGAAUAUAAAAUAUUUUUCACUGUUGUUAAAUAAAGCUUUACCCAGUUUUUUCUUCAGUUCUCACAUUUAAUCUUUACUAGAAUGUAUCUGAAUAAGUUUGGAAGAAUUGUUGAGAGCAAAACCAGCUCCAAGUAGGAAUGCGGCAAAAGGGUUACGCAUAUAACCCCUGAACACAUCUUCAAAUUCUUUGGUUUCAGUUUUUGCUGAAUAAUAUCACUGUUUUCUUAGCAUAUUAACCACACAGCUAUUUAGUGAAUAUAGCAAGUACACAAGCUAAUUCACAAAUGCUCCUCUGAUAAACCAAUUUGCAGAACUGCAGUCUAGCAUCAAUAGUGAAAACUAUGAACCAAGACUUCACUAAGCAUGAACAAAAACCAUGUCUAGCAGUGGCCUAGAUAAUAUUUAAAUGACCAAACACAUCUGGCCCAUGCUCAGCUUGGUUUGUGACUAGAGACUACUUGUAUGAUGUGUGUAGAAAGAUUUUCUGUAUCUGCUUCCCCAAAUGUUAAUAUGUGCACACUUGUCCUUUAUAGUAAUUUGAACGUAUCCACUUCCCAUUCAUGAGCCAGUUACAAUUUUUCUCCAGAAAUUCAUAAUUGAAAUUAUGCAGUCUGUUUUGAGAAAUGAACAACUUGUGUUCUGACUUUUGAAAUAAAGUGUUAUGUAGAUAUUAAA